CGCUCUAACCCCCCUUUCACCCAUUUUUUUUUUUUUAAAUACCCACCUUUUGAAUCAAGUACCACGUUGAAUUUUUUUUUAUUUAAAACGGUUACCUUUUUUUUUUUUUAAAAAACUUCUGAUAUCAAUUGCACUGAACAAAGUGGGUUACGUCGAUAAAGAAGAAAAUAAAACUGGGAAAAGUGCCGUGGUGAUUCUUGCUGAAAUCGCGUGCUGUGUAGUGUUAUUUGUGUCUCUCUGUGUGCGUAAGUGUUUUGUUUUUUUAUUCUUCAUCCUUGCGUCAUUGUGGAUGUUGGAGGGAAAAAAAAGGCGCGUGGACGACGAAACGAGCCCUUUUUUUUUAUUCUUUCGCGUGUGUCUUGUCACGCGCCAUCUGGAUUAACAUAAAAUACCCAGCAAUUUUUUUUUUCACGUAGUCAUUUCCAUUUCACAACAGAGAAUUUUCCUCCUUAAAAAAAAAAACAAAAAAACUGUUGUUGUUGCCGAACCCUUUUUUUUUUCUUUGGGUUGUACGUCUGUGAUUUUUGAAUAGAAAAAAAAAAAAGAAAGUUUGUAUUAGCAAUCAAAAUAUGGAAAUGAUAUCGGCGAUGUUGCGAGUGUGCAGCAUUCUGGUGGUCGUGUUGAUGCAGCAAAAUUUGAUGGCCAGUGCGUUACCGGCUUCAUCAACGUCGGAAGGAGGAUCGUGUGAUUCUGUUCGCGAUGUCAUGACGUCACUCAAACUGGCUCAUACUGCCAUGGUUAGUGAUUUGCCAGUCUCAGGUGGGGCUGGAUUGAUUUGCGAAGGGGAACGGACAUGUUGUCCAGCUGAUGUCGAGUCGGCACUGCGACAAUCAGCCGCGUCUGAUUUCCAUCACGCUGUUCGCCUGUCCAGCCACCAAUUGCGGCACACACUGGCUCAAUCGUCCACUGCCAUUCAAGGUCAAGUGGUGCAACACGUCAGAGCGUCCAUGAUGAAGACGGAGACGAUGUUUGGCCAGUUGUACAAGCGACUGGCGCUGCUGGCCAAAGCGCCCAUCCAGCAGCUGUUUGACCAAUUGGAGCGUUUCGUUUCGUCGUCGGCCGACGGGAUGGGCGGCGAUCCGGCCGAUGUCAGUGACGCGGUCAACGGGUUCUUUGACGACCUCUUCCCGCGACUGUACGGCCAGAGCCCGCGCAGCGUCCAAGGGCCGUCGUUGCCGGCCAAUAGCGUCGGCCUCCGCUUGCCGCAAGAUUACGUCGACUGUCUGCGGCACGCCCAGUCUGAAUUGCGUCCGUUUGGCGAGAUACCCCGCCGGCUGGCCAACAGCCUGGCCCGCAGUUUGGAUGCGGUCCGCUCUUUGCUCUCGGCCCUGGAUCUCGGAGCCCGCGUCUUGAAUGCGACGGAUCACGCCGAGUUGAACGGCCAAUGCCGGGACGCUUUGCUGCGGGCCACAUACUGCGCCCAGUGUCGCGCCCUCAAAUCGCAACAGCCGGUCGUGGUGGGACAGGGCGGCCAAGUGUGCCGCGGUUUGUGCUCGAACGUGGCCCGCGGAUGUCUGGCCGCCGUGGCCGACGUUGAUCAGCCUUGGAACGAGUGGGUCGACGCCAUGGAACGAUUGGCGGCCGCGCUGCUCAACAAGGCCGGCGCUGCCGUGGCCGAUCUCGGUCCGCACGAUAUUCUCUCAUCCGUCGACAGCCGACUGUCCGAAGCUGUUCUCUACGCCUUGGAGAACGGACCCCUCCUUGAAAAGAAGGUCAAGAAAAUGUGCGGAGAAAAUGGAACGGGCAAGGACGUCGUGGUUUCGGGCGAUGGCGAUGCCGGUUCGGCGGAUGCGGAAUCCUCUUCUGUGUUGCCUUCGCUCGUUCAGCCCGUCGAAGAUUUGAGUCCCGUCUUGGAGGAGGGCCAAGGCGGCGGAUUGAAAUCGCGUCUCGAAUCGCUUUUACCCAUGUUGGCAUCCGCUCGCGGUUUCUACUCUAACCUGCCGGACGCCGUUUGCGCCCAACCGGGCACGCCUUUCCAAGCCGUCAUGAGCGACGACCAGUCCAACUGCUGGAACGGACAGCGAUUUGCCGAGUACACGAAACCUCUUUCCGGUAUUGGCAUUGGAGCUCAAAAGUACAACGCGGAAGUGAGAGUUUCGCGAAGCGACGUGGACUCGCAUCUCGUUCAACUUAGCGAUCGUCUACGACACGUUCGACAAGUUUUGAUUAGUAAAACGGUUGCGGCACCAGAACCGGAUUCUUUGAUGAUGGAGGAUUUCGGAUCGGGUUCCGGCGAUGGCGCUGGAGGCAGCAACGGGGGUAGCGCUGGAACUGGAAUGGGUGGCCACGGACGUAGCGAUUGGGACGGAAUAGACUCUGAACCCGAUGACGAUGGCAUCGUGCAGGGCUUCCCUGGUGGCGAUUUGGACGGUUCCGGCUCUGGCCAGGGUCCAAGCCGAGCCCCAGACGGCGAAUGGGGAGAGGAGACGUUCAGCCCCACCAAGAAACCGGGAUCUGACGAGUUUGAGCUGAACGGCGGUGAAACGACGCCUCGCGUCACAGUCAACGAACCGACGGGCGGCGCGGGAGGAGCGAGUGGAGGAGGUGGCACUUCCGGCACUAGCCGAACAUCCAUUUCAUCGUCUGCCUUGUUGGCCGUCUGUCUGAUCAUGGCUCUCAAAGUCUCAUCCAGCUUCCGGCCUUUUGUAUAAAGUCUUCUUCUCUCUACACACACACACACACAGACAACACUUACAGACAACACUUACAGACCCACUUCUGUUUUUGCGCUUGACCCUUGCGCUUGCACACGACACUUGAUUUUUAAAAAACAAAAAAAAAAAAAAAAAGAAAAUGCAACAAUUCUUUUAUUUUUAAUUUCCAAGUUUGAUGAAUUUGAACAUUUUCCCUAUCUUUCGCUUACAUUUACAUUCGCGAGUCUCCAAAAGAAACAAAAAAAAUUUAAUGACUUUUUUUUUUUUUUUUUUUUUUUUUUGACGUUUGAAAAUACUUCUUGAUAUAUUUAUGUAUAAAUUACUCACACACACAGACACGCAAGACGCAUUAUAUAUAGGUAUAGCGUUCGUGUGAUGGCAAAGCCUCGCAAGUGCUUCUGUUUUCUGGGAGAAGAAAAAAGUCCAAUUCUUCAAUGUUUUGACGGAUGAUGACCCGGCCAACACCAUCUAGCGGUCGAAUAUGUGAACUCAGCAAUAACAAGCAGCAGGGGGAGACGCGGACGCAAUGGCAAACAAGAAAAACAAACAUCUUUUACACGCAAAACACCUCCCUUUCAUUCUCUCACGCUCCUCCCUCUCGUGUCUUGCUUUUUUUUUUUUUUUUUCUCCCUCCUCUAUUUAAUUGAAUUUUUUAAUUUUUCAACGGUAUACUUUCACAUUCAAUUGACGAUGUUUGAUAGCGAAAGGCGGUCCAUAUGUAUACAAAUAAUGACACACUAAUCCUUAGGAAUACUAACAAGUAAUGUGACUAAGAUUUUGCAAAACGUUUCGCGAUUGGAUGGGGUAGGAUUAAAACCUAUAUUGGGGAGGGGGUGUUUAAAAGAAAGAAAAAUUGGGCAAAAAAAAAAAAAAAAAUAUUCAAAUUAUACCCGACUUCCGUCCAGCAAAAAUAAAAGACAAUUUUGCUCUGUACUUGUUCGAACGAAGACGGCAGCCAUCGAAAGUGAUUCCCCCCCUUUUUUUAAAUUUCUUUUUUGAAAUGAUUGACUUUUAUUAUUGUUCUUAAAAAAAAAAAUGGAAGACGAGAAAGAAAAAUUGAGAGAAGCAAUCGCGUUCGAUUCCACGGUUAAUCUUUUAUUAUUAUUAUUUUUUAAAAAUAUUUCAAUUUGAUAUGAUAACGGGAAUGCGUGACCCCCGAGCCCCUAGUCAGUGCAACACAAAAGUUCUGUCGCGCGCCAAGGGUCAAAAUUUCAAUGAAAUUUCAAAACAAAAUAAAACAAUACAGAAAAAUCAAUUGGCAAUUCGAUGGGUCGAUUUUGAAUAGAAAAGUUGAUUCGGAUCGAAAUGGAUGGACUACUAGUACUAGCACUACUACAAAUUGUUACUUACAAAAUCUCAUGUCCCACUACUUUUUUUUUUUUUUUUUUUUUUUCUUCCUUCUUCCCUUUCUCCAAAUUACAUAGCACGCGCUUCUUUUGUUGUUUUUCUAUUUGUCAAUAAUUUUGUAUUAAGAUAAACGCGCAUUAAAAAAGGAAAAAAAAAAAAAUAGUUGCAGAAAAAAAGAAAAAAAAAUUUGAACUUUUGAAUUUGAUUCCGGAUGUUGUUUUUUUUUUUUUUUUUUUUUUGCGAGGGCAAUUAUUCUUUCAGUUUCCCGUUUCAAUUCCUUGGAAUUCAUAUGUCUCACGAUGAACGCACGACAUCUCCUUCAAUAGUGUUGGUUUUUCUAUACUGUUAGAUUUUUUUCCCGCCCACAUGAGCUGUUAUCAUUUUUGAUACUUUCUUUUUUCUCCCAUUUGCAUUCAAAAAUGACCCAUAUACAAUUUUUUUUUUUAUUAUUAUUGGUCUCUUUUUUUAAUUUCCAAUAGACCGUGUGCCAAAUUCGAUUCAUCUUCGUUAAUGGCCCCCCCCCCCCCAUUCCUCUUCUGAUUUGGUUGGUGAAAGUAAGGAAAAAAAAAAAAAAAGGACUGUUCUUCUUUAAAAAUUUCAAAUGUUUCUUAAUUUUUUUUUUUGUGUAUAGCCUUCCUCUUCUUUCGUGAUGAAGCCACAUCAUUUUACACACAUGAUCGUGUUUUUUUUUUCCCUCUUUAAAUUAAACUUUCUCCACCAACAUUUUUUCUAAAAUCGAUGAAUAACAAAAAAAAAAAAAAAUAAUAAUAAUAAUAAUAAUACUAAAAUAAAAUGGAGAAGUGGAGUGAUGUUGUUGAUUUAAAAAAAAAUUUGUUUUUGUUUCUCUUAUUUGUCGGACUUGUUCAAUUUUCGUUGUUCUUUAAAAAACAUUCAAAUUUUGUCUCCCAUCUUCUCUGUUUCUCCAUCGAUCGUUUGGUUUUUUUUUUUUGGUUCGUCUCCAAAUUUUUCCUAUUUUUUUUUAUUGCUCGUGUUUCCCUCCUCCGUUCGUGGAAUGCGUGAAAAUGUGAUACCGCCGAAUGACGAUGAGAUGCAAUCGUGCUCGAGCUCGAUCUUGUAUGUAAAUGUGUGUGGUGCGUGCGGAUGAAGAAGAAACAACAAACAAAAGAACAACAACAACAAGAACACACAACAACAAAUAAUAAGAAAUCUUUAAAAAUGAAUUAAAAAGGCCAUCUUGUGUCCCAAGA